GGUAAGUAAUUGACAACACCAGAAUUCAAAAUUUCCUCUAUUCCCAUAGAUAAGAAACGACCUUGAUGAGAUUUGGUUUCGUGAUUGAUAAAGAUAAGUAUUAACGUAUUCCAAUAUGAAAUAUAUGAUCAACAGAAGCAAAUAUGUUAUUAAUGGAAAGUAUCUUGGAUAUAGGAAUGAACUUAUAAGUAAUAAGGUUGAACCAGCACCCAAUGUGAAUGACACUAGGAAUAAUUCAAUCAAUGAGUUCUUACUUGGAUCGUAAGAUAAGGUUGUUAUCAUAUUGAAUUCGUCAUAGUCUGAUUAAUUUGUAAUCCCCACAUUCAGUAUGUUAAACCACAUAUAUAGAUCAAAAAUUGUGAGAGGCUUGAAAAAAAAAUUAUCAAUGCUGCUAAAAAUGAUACAAGACAGCAGUACGUAUCAUAAUCUAAACAACUUGAGAUACACACCUACACCAUGAACAUUGAUGUGGAAGAAGUACUACGAGCUAGGUCAGAACCACCAUUAGAUCAUCACAUAGUUACUAAUCUCAAUCGAUAUGCUCAAUAUGAUCCUUCCAGAGUGAAUUUACUUACGGUAAUGAUUAAAUCAUUAUUAUUAGGUAUUUUCUUCACCAUCAAUAUCAUCAUUAUGAUCAUUAAUACUCGGAUGAUCUACUUUCGAAUCAAUGUUUAUUUCCUAGCCUUAUGUGUGUUUCAUAGUUUAGAAUUCAUCAGUACGGUUUUAUUCAAUAAUAGUCAAGUUGAUGAUGAUUCAUUCAUUUUAGAAGAUAGUGAUAUGUAUAUCGUUAUAAUCUUAUCCCUUUUUGAAUAUAGUUCAAUGCAAUAUUUCUUCCCCGUCAUUCAUUCGUCAUACAUUACAUUCAUCCUCGGACUUAUUAUUGCAUUCGGAGGUCAAUACAUUCGAUGGUUGGCCAUGUAUACUGCUCAAGAAUCAUUCAAUCAUUACAUUCAACGAAAAGAAUCUCAUCGUCAAGUAUUAGUCACAAGGGGGAUCUAUUCCAUUGUCCGUCAUCCAUCAUAUGGCGGGUUCUUUUGGUGGUUUGUCGGUUUACAAUUGAUGUUGGGGAAUUAUAUCGUUCUUAUGGGAGGGAUGAUUAAAUUAUGGAGUUUUUUUAAACAACGAAUUCAAUUUGAAGAAGUUUAUUUAAUUAAAUUUUAUAAAUUGAAUUAUAUUAAUUAUAAAGAUCGGGUGAUUAGAUCAGGUAUACCAUUUGUAUGAAAUAAUACAAGUAAUGAUGUUAAAAGGUUUAUGUAUAUAUGAAUGGACUAAACUAAAACUAGAUAAAUAGCAUAAUAUAAAAGCAA